AUGGAUCAGCUGGCUUUGCUCGCGACGGAGUUCGGGGAUUCGUCCGACUUCGAGGUCGACGGCAUCAACGAGAACGAUGUCAGCGACGAGGAGAUUGAGCCGGAGGAGCUGGCCCGGCGAAUGUGGAAGGACAGGGUCAGGCUCCGGAGGAUCAAGGAGAGGCAGCAGAAGCUGGCCCUGCAGCAGGCCGAACUGGAGCUGGAGAAGUCCAAGCCCAAGCAGAUAUCCGACCAGGCCAUGCGCAAGAAGAUGGCCAGGGCGCACGACGGGAUCCUCAAGUACAUGCUCAAGCUGAUGGAGGUGUGCAAUGCCCGUGGGUUUGUGUACGGGAUCAUCCCUGAGAAAGGGAAGCCUGUGAGCGGUGCCUCGGAUAACAUUAGAGCUUGGUGGAAGGAGAAGGUUAAGUUUGAUAAGAAUGGUCCGGCAGCGAUUGCAAAGUACGAGGCCGAGCACUUGGUGGAUGCUGAUGCUCAGAGUAGCGUUGUCAAGACCGAGCACAGCUUGAUGGAUCUCCAAGACGCCACUCUGGGCUCACUGCUUUCGUCAUUGAUGCAGCACUGUAAUCCACCGCAGCGCAAGUACCCCCUGGAGAAGGGCACUCCGACCCCAUGGUGGCCUGCGGGGAAUGAAGAGUGGUGGGCUGCCUUGGGCCUUCCAAGGGGACAGAUUGCUCCUUACAAAAAACCUCAUGAUCUUAAGAAGGUUUGGAAGGUCGGUGUGCUUACAUGUGUUAUUAAGCACAUGUCCCCUAACUUCGAUAAGAUCAGAAACCAUGUUCGCAAAUCCAAAAUCUUGCAGGAUAAAAUGACUGCAAAGGAGAGCCUGAUUUGGUUGGGAGUUCUACAGAGAGAGGAAAGGCUUGUGCUUGGCAUUGACAAUGGCGUCUCAGAGAUUACUCACCGCAGUGCUCCAGAAGACAGAAAUGGAACUAGGAACGCACAGAGCAGCAGUAACGAGUAUGAUGUUGAUGGUUUUGAGGAGGCUCCUCUUUCAAUAUCAUCUAAAGAUGAUGAGCAAGGUCUUUCUCCAGCUGCACAAUCCAGCGAGGAGCAUGUCUCCGGAAGAGACAGAGAAAGGGCGAACACUAAACAUCUUUAUCAGGCUGUUGUUCUUAAGGAAGGAACAAAAAAACAACCACCAAAGAGAAAAAGAGCACGUCACAGUUCCGUUGCUGUUGAGCAGGAGGUACAAAGGACUGAUGAUGCACCAGAAAAUCCAGGAAAUCUGAUUCCCGAUAUGAACCGACUGGACAAAGUAGAGAUUCCAGGCAUGGCUAACCACCAGAUUACAAGCUUCAAUCAGAUGGCCGUUACAAGUGAAGCUUUACAACACAGUGGAAAUGCUCAAGGGCAUGUUUAUCUUCCUGGGUCUGGGGUUAAUGGCUUUGAUAAUGCCCAACCUGUGGAUGCUACUCCUGUAAGCAUAUAUCAGCCUGUACUUUAUGGAAGUAGUGAUAAUGCCAGGUCAAAGUCUGGAAACCCCUUUCCACUGCAUGCCAAUUCUGGUUUUAAUAGUUUUCCCAGUAACUAUCAGACUUUACCUCCGAAACAAUCAGUGCCAUUACCUAUGAUGGAUCAUCAUGUGGUUCCCAUGGGUAUCAGGGCACCAGCUGACAACAGUCCUUAUGGUGAUCAUGUGAUUGGUGGUGGAAGUUCAACUUCUGUCCCUGGAGAUAUGCAACACCUCGUAGAUUUUCCAUUCUACGGUGAGCAAGAUAAGUUUGUUGGCAGUUCUUUUGAGGGGUUACCUUUGGACUAUAUCAGUAUGAGCAGCCCGAUCCCAGAUAUUGAUGAUUUGCUGCUGCAUGAUGAUGAUUUAAUGGAAUACCUGGGAACAUAA